AUGUUAGAAUUAGAUAUUAGAAAAUUUUUGGAUGAAUUAUUUUCAAUGUUACAAAAUAAGAAGAAUACUCGUUCAAUACGACUUUCCAUUAAAAGAUAUUAUCCUGAAAUAAGUGGAUGUAGAAGAAAGAGAAAGAAUCAAGAAAAUAAAUUAGAAUCAUCUGAUAAGUUAUUAUCAAAAUCUUUUAGUUUGAUUAGACUUUCAGAUGGUAAGAGGAGAAAAUCAAGAACAAUAAUUAAAUCACAAAGUGAAAUUGAAGAAAUUAUUAAUAAUAUUGGUAAUUGUAUAAGUAAAUCAGAUUACUUACGUAAUAAUAAAUCUAAAUCAUAA